AUGGGAUCUUUUUAUACUCUAUCAUCCAGUAGAACAGUUAUUCUUCAUGAAGUUUUCUUGGUUUUCUCGAAAAAUCUCUUGAUGAAGGAAUCUGAAAAUGUUUUACUAUUUGACAAUCGAUUGAGAAAAACAUUAUUGAUAAAUGUUGCCUAUAAAAUAUAUUUAGAAAAAUAUUCUGCUCUACCUCACAAAAGCUAUAUUACAUCGUCAGUUUUUAAUCUUCAAAAAAAAAAAAGAAAAAAUAAAGAAGGAAGAAGUAAACUGUGUAAAUUUCUCUCUCGAAGUCCAAUUAAAAAUAGACGACGACAAACUAAUUCUGUGACAAAGCUAUUGGUAAUUUCCGUGGUUGAUAAUUUCCACGUAGCAUCUUCGACUGAGAAGAAGGGGUGGAAGACGUUCGAUGUCAUGCCACGUCUUUAUCAUGUAGCAAAGAUAAGAGCCUUUGACAUAAUACCGCUAUCUUAUUGCCUUUGUCAUGUAUGUUGCCUUAGUAACAAAACCUUGGAUCAAAGAUAUACGCCGGACAACCACGAUUGAAUUCGUUCCGUUCGACGACGUUGUCGAUAUUUCAGAACGCGAGGGUGGCACUCAACAGCCGGCCAGCGUGUGCGAUGUCGAAUAUUACGGGCUGACGUCACCGGUGAAGGGUACCGUGGUACAUCCGGAGCCUCACCGAUUAUUCGCCAUGGAAGGGCCUAUAAAGUGCAGGCAGCACUUCAUUCCAGCGGCUAGUCAGUCGGUCAUCAUCCGCGUUGAAAGCAGUUCGAAGCAGAGUCUGAACAACCCUUGCCAGACCAAGUGCGGAGAUAGUGGCUGUCACUGCGUCAGCAACAUGACCCUGGAGAGCGUGGACCACCUUCUGCUUGUCUCUGAAACCGGUCAUAUCGUCACUUGCCUCUGUGGAAAUUAUCAGGACUGGCUACCGGUCGGUAUCCGUAGCUGGACGCCCGUAUACAUCGAAUGGUCGAGGUCCUCGAAGGCAGGCCUCAAUUUCCGUGCGGCUUACGAGUUUAUCAAGGACACUUACUGCGGUUAUCACACAACGACGAAGCCGGAGGGCGAGGUGAAUGGCGGUGACCUGGCCAGCAGCGGUUUGAAGCUCAAUCAGUAUUACCAACAGAAGUGCACGUGGAUCUUGGAAUCACUGACGGAUCGACAGCUCACCAUCGAAGUGAAAUCUACCCAGAGCCGUCCGUGCACCGCUUGGAAUUUAACGAUACACGAGUACAGCAAGAACGGCGAUCCAGCUGGACCGAGACUGUACACAUUCUGCUCGAGGAACACGCACAAAAAUUUCACCCUCCCGUGGAAAACGAACACCGUGGUGGUUAGAUUACAGGCUCUGGGAAGGACAGCACCGGAAUACACGAUGAAAUGGCGGAGCCAGUCGGUAAUCGCAAAUACGCACAAGAGCGGGCCAUCGCCGGCACCGAAUCACGUGCUCAGCUCCUCAGCCGGAAACGGGCCACAGGAAAUGCGUAUCCUAACACUGUUCGCGAUGCUUCUCGCUUGCGCGGUCUGUUGUUGA